AUGAGCGAUAAAAAGAUCCAUGAAGUCGAAUUAUUGAGUCAGCUUAUCAAGGAUGUGGCUGAUCAGAGAGAUAUUCAUUCCAUCAUUGAUCUUGGCUCAGGACAAGGCUAUUUAUCGCGUGUACUCUCUUUUGAUUAUGGAUUCGAAGUAUUGGCAGUAGACAUGUCUGAAAUACAAACACAAGGGGCCAUUCGAUUUGAUCAAAAGGCAUUGAAAGCAAAGACAAAAGAACAGCCCAAUCUGAAGCAUGUAACAGAAAAAAUUACACCCGAAAAUAUUUCACAAGUCUUGGCUAAAUGGAGUCCUGGAUCUGUUGAUAAGCGCUGGUUAGUGACUGGAUUGCAUACAUGUGGUGAUUUGUCACCCAUGAUAUUCAAUUUAUUUGCAGAGAGUGAGCAAGUAUCUUGUGUAGUCAAUGUAGGUUGCUGUUACAAUGCAUUGACAACAGAAGGGUUUCCUAUGAGUAAUUAUCUAAAAAAUAAACAAGACAUAAUUAAAGUAGGAUCUACUGCCAAAGUACUAGCAUGUCAUUCACCUUCAAGGUGGUUAGAGGAAGGCCAACAAUGUAUACAGGCAUUUGAUAAUUAUUAUUUUAGAGCUUUAUUAAUGGAAUUGCUAGUAGAAAGAGGGUUGGCAGAUAUCAAUGAUCCUCCUCGACUAGGUAGAAUCAAACAAAACAAAGCAUUCGUGCCUUUUGUAAAAGCAUCCCUUAAGAGACUCAAGCUACCUGAAGAUACAAUCACACCAGAAGAAGCAGAACUACACUACUUAAAAGCCAAAGAAAGACAACUCGACAAACAGUUUGUAACACUCUGGAUUCUACGUGGCCUAUUGGCUCCUAUAAUUGAAUCUAUCAUUUUGGUAGAUCGUUUGCUCUAUCUGAAAGGUGUAGUUAAAUCAAGCAGCGAUACUCAAAAAGGAGCAUGGAUGUAUCCACUUUUUGAACUUACUGCAUCUCCUAGAAACGUAGUUUGUGUUGCUUCUAAAUAA